AUCUGUUGGUUCUUCUUUGCUGUGACCGACUCUGCGUGACUGUUAUGGAUUGUUAGCAAGCAAGCAAGCGAACAAGCCGCGCAUUGACGUGGGGGUUUGUUUACGUUUUUCCUCCGCACAACGCUAUCACCAGUGAUACUGAACACUCCGUGGCUUCCACUCUGUGCAUGUUCCACAUCACGUUUAGUUCCAGAAGCAGUCCGGCAUUGAAGUUGGUCAGACGCAAAUCGGGAAGGAAUAUUUCAGCGGAUAGUAGCUGCUCUGGUGCAUCUCAGUGUCCCUGUAGGCGAGGUUGAUAGUACUCUAGUUUACUGGUUUUUCCGUGUUGCGAAGCAGUUGGCCUGAAAGUCUCGAGAAAGUCGCUCGUUGCUAGUUUCUGCGAAAAACUGAAGUGAAUUGUUACCAAGUGAAAAUGACCCAACCAAUAAAGUUCUACUUCGAUUUGUUGUCCCAGCCAUGCCGGGCCCUUUAUAUGUUUUUGGAAGCAUCGAAAAUUCCUUAUGAAGCCGUAUCGAUUUCGCUGAUGAGAGGCGAACAUCUAUCCAAUGACUUCAAAAACAACAUAAACCGCUUCCAAAAAGUCCCUGCUAUUAAGGAUGAGGACUUCAAACUUUCUGAAAGCAUUGCCAUCUUCCGAUACUUAGUUCGGGAAAAAAUCGUUCCUGAGCAUUGGUACCCUCACAAAGGAGCCUUGAGGGCGCGAAUUGAUGAAUACAUGGAAUGGCAACAUGGGAACAUGCGCGCGUGCUGCACGGAUUACUUCCGACAAAAGUGGCUACAACCAAAGCUGACCAACACCGAACCCAAUCCUGAACAAGUUGCUCAAAGCGAGGCGCGGCUAAACAAAUGCCUGGCGGAAUUCGAGCAGCAUUGGCUCAAGGGCGAGAAGUACAUGAUCACAUCGAAUAUCACCAUUGCGGAUUUGCUAGCGAUUUGCGAAAUCGAUCAACCAAAGGCUGUGGGAUUCAAUCCAUUCAAAAAUUAUCCAAGGAUCGCUGAUUGGCACGAACUAACGCGUGAAGCAUUGGAACCAUAUUAUCACGAAGCUAACCAAGUAAUUGAUAAAAUCGAAGGGAAGCAGAAAGAGAAGGUGUUACAAAUGAAGAACUGACUGAAUCUUUAGAUAGAUAGUGUUGUGUAGAUAUGAUGACAAUGAGUCCUUAUUUAAAUAUUAGUUUAUGUUUUACAUAUUGUGUAUAUUUUGUAACCAAUUAAGCCGCUUCCAUUAGAAAUUAGCUGAAAUUAGAUAGUUAUCGUGCUCUAGUCUAUUAAGAUUGCGAAAUUGAGAGAAAGGUGUUUGUUAUCCGAGGGAGAUCAUUGUUGACUUAAAUAAGUGUGGUUUAUUAUGAAUAAAUACUCUAAAUUAUAA